GUUUUUAACUUCGAUUUUUUGUAUGACAUGAAAGUUACAAGAAAAUUGAAAAUUGCAGGUAAGACCUCAUGGCCGGAGCUGCUCGGGGAGAAUGGGAAAGCUGCUGCAGCUCUCAUAGAGAAAGAGAACAAAGAUCUGCACGCUAUCGUGUUGAAGGAAGGAACUCCAGUGACGAAGGAUCUUAGGUGGGACAGAGUCCGGGUUUGGGUCGAUGAAUGUGGUGUGGUCAUUCUAGUUCCUACUAUUGGCUAAUGUUACGUAGUUUUACUUCAUCUCCAAAUAAAUCAUGGAAUGAUUUAAAUUAUAAUGAAAUAAAAAUUUCCUUCAAUAUC